UCCCGACGUGCCGACUUCUUUUUCUUCCCUUUCCCCUUAAAUCUUGUUUCGCAUAACUUUCAGAAGAGCCACGGAGGGAAACCAGAGAGAAGCUCGGGAGGGCGCAUAGCAAGGGCUUCCUCUCUUGUCCUUCUUCUUUUUCUCUUUGUUGCAGCUUUGGAGACGGGAUCUUGCCUGCUGUGGUGAAUCUGAGCAGCGACGUGGAGUCGCCGAGCGCUCGCCUCCAUUCGUUCUUCUCUUUCGGUUCUGUCGAGCCAAGAAAGAGGAGGAGGAGAGCAAACCAUGGCAUUGAUGCAUUAUGUCGUAGUUCCUCAGCAUCAGAGAGGUGAUGGCCCUAUUCCCACUGUCAAACAGAAAGCAGCAGCUGGAGGAGACGGAAAGAACCGUCGAGCACUAGGAGACAUUGGAAAUCCUGUAAUGGUCCGUGGUGUUGAGGGGAAACCACAGCUUCAGAUCUCUCGCCCUGUGACCAGAAGUUCUGGUGCUCACCUUUCGGCGAAUGCAAAAUUAGCUACUAUAGCCACUGCUGAUAAGAAUCCAGUGGUUGUAGCGGUUGAUGUAGCAGUGGGAAAGGGCAGUGCCGUCGAGCCUGAGGAAAUUA